AUAAACUGUCCAUUUUCUCUGUACUUCAGCAGAAACCGUUAACAUGAUGAAACCUGAAGCAAAUGUCUACUCGCAGUUCACAAAAUGCUUUCGAAACACCUGUUACUCAUCAAAACCGGUCUCACACCAAUCAUCAAACUCAGACAAAGACUGCGAUGAUGCAGAAACCACGCCGCAUGAUCGAUCGGAGAUGGCAGCAGCCGUUCCGAGAAAACCAGGCGGAUGGAAGGCCAUGCCUUUCAUCUUAGGAAACGAUACGUUGGAGAGGUUGGCAACCUUUGGAUUGUUAGCCAACUUUAUGGUAUACUUGACGAGAGAGCUGCACUUGGAUCAGGUUUCUGCUUCAAACAUUAUAUACAUCUGGUCUGGUCUGACCAACUUCGCUCCUCUCCUCGGCGCCUUCGUCUCCGACGCUUAUGUCGGUCGCUUCCGCACCAUCGCUUUCGGGUCCUUCUCAUUACUUCUGGGAAUGGCGACGCUGACAAUGACAGCUUGGUUGCCGGAGUUGCAUCCUCCGCCGUGCAGCGGCAAUCAGCUGAAACUGGGGAAGUGCCAACCUCCGAGCAAAGGCCAACUAGGGUUUUUGAUUUUGGGCCUAGGCUUUCUCUCGAUAGGUACAGGAGGAAUUAGACCUUGCAGCAUCCCCUUCGGCGUCGACCAGUUUGAUCCAAACACUGACGAAGGAAAGAAAGGAAUCAAAAGCUUCUUUAACUGGUACUACGCCACAUUCACAGUUGUGCUGCUGAUCACUUCAACUCUGGUGGUUUACAUCCAAGACAAGGUGAGCUGGACUUUGGGUUUUGGGAUACCAACUUUGCUCAUGUUUGGCUCAAUUGUGCUCCUAUUUAUUGGGGUAAGAAUUUACGUGCAUGCUAAGCCACAAGGUAGCAUGUUCACCAGUAUUGCCCAAGUUCUUGUUGCUGCUCAUAAGAAACGACAACUUAAGCUUCCGACCGACAAAGCAACUGAUGGAAGCAAAUUGUAUGAUCCUCCGGUGAAGGAUUUGCUUAUACAAAAGCUCCCUCCUACCAACCAAAUCAGGUUCUUGAACAAGGCAGCUAUAAUAUUGGAUAAUGAUCUGAAACAUGAUGGCUGUCCAGUUAACAAAUGGAGGCUUUGUAGCGUCCAACAAGUUGAAGAACUUAAAUGUGUUUUGAAAACCAUUCCAAUAUGGGCAUCGGCUAUUGUUAGCUUCACCGCCAUGACACAGCAAGGAACAUUUACUGUAUCUCAAGCCCUCAAAUUGAAUCGCCACCUUGGUCCGAAAUUCGAAAUCCCAGCUGGUUCACUCAUUGUCAUAUCCUUGCUCACAAUAGGAAUAUUUCUUCCGAUCUACGACAGGCUUCUAGUCCCCGCUCUUCGAAAAGUAACCAAAGACGAAGGUGGGAUCACAGUUCUACAAAGAAUAGGGAUUGGGAUUGUUUUUUCGGUCCUGGCAAUGCUCGUAGCUGGUUUCAUUGAAAAGGAAAGAAGAAAUAUGGCUAAAUUGCAUCCCCAUGAACCAGUCUCAUUCACAUGGUUGGCUCCACAACUUGCCCUGAUGGGACUUUGUGAGGCGUUCAGUGCCAUUGGACUGCUGGAAUUCUUCAACCGGGAGUUUCCCGACCACAUCAGGAGUGUUGGUAAUGCACUUUUGUCUUGCUGUUUUGCAGGGUCAAGUUACUUGAGCAGUGUACUGGUCACCGUUGUUCAUCAUGUGACCGGAACACACAGCAAGCCCGAUUGGUUGACCAAUAAUAUUAAUGCCGGCAGAUUGGAUUUGUUCUACUUCCUCUUGGCAGGGAUAGGGUCUCUGAAUUUUGUCUACUUCCUUUAUUGUGCUCAACGAUAUCAGUAUAAGGACACUGUUCAUAAGGACGAUGACAACAACGCUUAUGCAGCUGUGGAGCUAGGUUCAACCACCACUACUUGAUCCUUCUAAUUUGCUGCAUUAGAGUUAAUGUUCUCCUAUAUAUAGUUUGUAACUGCAUGCAUGUGGC